CCCAGAGCGACAGCACCGACGACGACGAGGAGGAGGAGGAUCCGGGGAGCGCCCGCCUCCUUCGCUGCCGAGCGAGGUGCACACGGGGCAUGGAGCCUGCCUGAGCCAGUCCGCGGGCAGCUGCUGCUGCAGCACAACAUGGAGGCGGCAGCGCCGCCGCCGCCGCCACCGCCGCUUUUGCUCCUGUUCCUGCUCGCCACCUCAGUGUUUCGGUGCAACUUGGGGUCCGUCGGGGCUUCUCCUCUCUUGCUUUUUGCAAACCGCCGAGAUGUGAGAUUGGUGGAUGCUGGUGGAGUAAAGAUGGAAGCAACAGUUGUGGUCAGUGGCUUAGAAGAUGCUGCUGCAGUAGACUUCCUGUACUCACAAAGUGUUAUUUACUGGACAGAUGUGAGUGAAGAAGCCAUCAAACAGACUUAUUUUAACCAAACUGGGAAUCUUGUACAGAAUAUCAUCGUUUCAGGACUGCUUUCUCCAGAUGGCCUGGCAUGUGACUGGAUUGGGAAAAAAUUGUACUGGACUGACUCAGAAACAAAUAGGAUUGAAGUUGCUAAUCUCAAUGGAACAUCUAGGAAGGUUCUCUUCUGGCAAGAUCUUGACCAGCCAAGAGCAAUUGCCCUGGAUCCAGCUCACGGAUACAUGUAUUGGACAGACUGGGGUGAAACACCUAGAAUAGAGCGUGCUGGAAUGGACAGCAGUUUUCGGAAAAUAAUCGUGGAUUCUGACAUUUAUUGGCCCAAUGGACUCACUAUAGAUCUCAAUGAACAAAAGCUUUAUUGGGCUGAUGCAAAGCUGAGCUUCAUUCACAGAGCAAAUCUGGACGGCUCUUUCAGGCAAAAAGUCGUGGAAGGUAGUCUCACUCACCCAUUUGCCCUGACGUUGGCUGGGGACACCCUGUACUGGACAGAUUGGCAGACACGUUCCAUUCAUGCCUGCAACAAGAAAGCUGGAGAGAAUAAGAGAGAAAUAAUAAAUUCACUUUACUCACCAAUGGACAUCCAGGUUUUGAGCCCUGAAAGACAGCCAUAUUUUCAUACGCCCUGUGAGGAUAAUAAUGGUGGUUGUUCGCAUUUGUGCCUGUUGUCCCCAAAGGAACCCUUUUAUAGUUGCAACUGUCCCACUGGAGUUCAACUUCAAGAAGAUGGAAAAACCUGCAAAGCAGGUGCUGAGGAAGUCCUCUUGCUUGCUAGAAGAACAGAUCUACGAAGAAUUUCCUUGGACAUGCCAGAUUUCACAGAUGUUAUUCUGCAAAUAGACAAUAUUAGGCAUGCUAUUGCAAUUGACUAUGACCCUGUUGAGGGUUACAUAUACUGGACAGAUGAUGAUGUCAGAGCCAUUCGCCGGGCAUUUCUUGAUGGAUCCGGAGCCCAGACACUAGUAACAACAGAAAUAAAUCAUCCUGAUGGCAUAGCAGUAGAUUGGGUGGGUAGGAAUUUGUAUUGGACUGAUACUGGCACAGAUCGGAUUGAAGUUACACGUUUGAAUGGGACGUCAAGAAAGAUCCUUAUAUCAGAAAACUUAGAUGAGCCUAGAGCGAUAGUGCUCAAUCCUGUGAUGGGUUAUAUGUAUUGGACAGACUGGGGUGAAAGCCCGAAGAUUGAGUGUGCUUAUCUGGAUGGGUCUGAGAGGAAAGUCCUGGUGAAUACUUCUCUAGGAUGGCCUAAUGGUUUGGCACUGGAUCUUGAGGAAAACAAACUUUACUGGGGAGAUGCAAAGACUGACAAAAUUGAGGUAAUAAGCCUUGAUGGAACCAUGAGAAAAACACUCAUAGAAGAUAAACUUCCUCAUAUAUUUGGAUUUACUUUACUUGGUGACUACAUCUACUGGACAGAUUGGCAGAGGCGAAGUAUUGAAAGGGUUCACAAGAGGUGGGCGAGUCGGGACAUUAUCAUUGAUCAGUUGCCAGACUUGAUGGGUCUUAAAGCAGCAAGUGUCACCAGAGCAGUUGGGACAAAUCCGUGUGCUGAGAAUAAUGGCGGCUGCAGCCACCUGUGCUUCUUCACACCCCAGGAGCGCAGAUGUGCCUGUCCAAUUGGACUGGAGAUACUUAGUGAUAUGAAGACCUGCAUCAUCCCAGAAGCUUUCCUUGUCUUCACCAGCAGGGCAGCCGUUCAUAGGAUUUCUCUUGAAACUAACAACAAUGAUGUUGCCAUUCCUCUUACUGGUGUCAAAGAAGCUUCUGCACUAGAUUUUGAUGUCUCUGACAAUAGAAUCUACUGGACAGAUAUUAGCUUAAAGACAAUAAGCCGAGCUUUCAUGAAUGGAAGUGCAGUUGAACAUGUGAUUGAGUUUGGGUUAGAUUACCCUGAAGGCAUGGCUGUAGACUGGAUGGGGAAGAAUCUAUAUUGGGCAGAUACUGGAACCAAUAGGAUUGAAGUGGCACGGUUGGAUGGGCUAUUCCGGCAAGUUCUUGUGUGGAAAGAUUUGGAUAACCCAAGGUCAUUGGCUCUUGACCCAUCAAAAGGGUAUAUGUACUGGACAGAGUGGGGAGGCAAACCCAAAAUUGUUCGGGCAUACAUGGAUGGAACAAACAGUAUCAUGCUGGUGGAUAAGGUGGGACGUGCCAACGAUCUUACAAUUGAUUAUGAGGAUCAAAGACUUUAUUGGACUGACCUGGACACAAGCAUGAUUGAGUCAUCCAAUAUGCUAGGGCAAGAGAGGGAAAUAAUAGCAGAUGAUCUACCUCACCCCUUUGGGCUAACUCAGUACAGUGACUUCAUCUACUGGACAGAUUGGAAUCUUCACAGUAUAGAAAGAGCUGACAAAACAAAUGGGAGGAAUCGAACACUUAUUCAGAGUCGUCUGGACUUCGUGAUGGAUAUAUUAGUUUUCCAUUCAUCACGACAAGAUGGUUUCAACGAGUGUGUGCAAAAUAAUGGGCACUGUGGGCAGUUGUGCCUGGCCAUACCCAAUGGCUAUAGAUGUGGCUGUGCAUCGCACUACACCUUGGAUCCCAAGACCCGGAACUGCAGUUCACCCAGUAGCUUCUUACUAUUUAGUCAGAAGUCUGCAAUAAGUCGGAUGAUACCAGAUGACCAGCAGAGUCCAGACAUCAUUCUUCCCAUCCAUGGCCUAAGAAAUGUUAAAGCCAUUGAUUAUGAUCCACUUGAUGCAUUGAUCUACUGGGUAGAUGGACGUCAAAAUAUUAUUAAAAGAGCUAAAGAUGAUGGCAGUCAGCCUUUCACAGUCAUGAGUAUUCCCAACCAAAGCCAAAAUCCAGAAAAGCAACCACAUGAUCUGAGCAUUGAUAUUUUCAGCCAUACUUUGUACUGGACCUGUGAAGCUACAAAUACAAUCAAUGUCCACAGACUUAAUGGGGAGCAAAUUGGGGUUGUCCUACGGGGAGACCAUGACAAGCCCAGGGCCAUAGUCGUAAAUGCAGAACGAGGGUAUAUGUAUUUCACGAAUAUGCAAGAGCGAGCCCCAAAGAUUGAGCGUGCAGCCUUGGAUGGCACAGAACGAGAAGUGCUCUUCACCACUGGCUUGCUUCGACCUGUUGCGCUAGUGAUUGAUAAUAAGCUUGGGAAACUCUUUUGGGUAGAUGCUGAUCUCAAACGGAUUGAAAGCUGUGACUUAUCAGGGGCUAACCGUGUCACAUUACAAGAUUCCAAUAUCCUCCAGCCAAUGGGUUUGACAGUUCUGGGAAAUCAUCUCUAUUGGAUUGAUCGGCAGCAGCAGAUGAUAGAAAGAGUUGAGAAAACCAAUGGAUACAAGAGGACCAGAAUACAAGGUCGAAUUGCUCACCUAACUGGUAUACAUGCCAUUGAAGAUAUUGAUAUGGAGGAAUUCUCGACCCAUCCGUGUUCCCGAGAUAAUGGUAAAUGUUCACACCUCUGUAUAGCAAAAGGAGAUGGAACUCCAAGGUGUUCCUGCCCUGUUCAUUUGGUACUUCUGCAGGACCUUCUGACAUGCGGAGAGCCACCAACCUGUUCCCCAGAUCAGUUCACAUGUGCAACUGGUGAGAUUGAUUGCAUUCCAAAGGCGUGGCAUUGUGAUGGUUUUUCAGAAUGUGACGAUCAGAGUGAUGAGGAGAGCUGCCCCAUCUGCUCAGCAACCCAGUUUCAGUGUGAGAAGGGGCAGUGCAUCGACGCACAUUUGAGAUGUAAUGGAGAAGUUGAUUGCCAAGAUAAAUCUGAUGAAUCUGAUUGCGAAACAGUUUGUCUCCAGAAUCAGUUCCAGUGUGCCAAUGGCCAGUGUAUUCUCAAAAAGCAGCAGUGUGAUUCCUUUCCAGACUGCAUUGAUGGUUCUGAUGAACUUUCUUGUGGUAAGGGACUUCUUACUGAAAAAAUUAAAUCCUCUGAUGAGUCUGGACCCCACAGUAAUGCCAUUGGGCCUGUCAUCGGAAUUAUUCUUACUCUUUUUGUCAUGGGAGGCAUGUAUUUUGUUUGCCAGCGUGUGGUUUGCCAACGUUAUGCUGGGCCUAAUGGACCUUUUCCACAUGAAUACGUCAGUGGGACCCCUCAUGUCCCCUUAAAUUUCAUUGCUCCAGGGAGUUCUCAGCAUGGGACCUUUACAGGCAUCUCUUGUGGAAAAUCUAUGAUUAGCUCCAUGAGCCUAAUGGGUGGAAGUAGUGGUGCCCCUCUUUAUGACAGAAACCACGUCACUGGAGCUUCCUCUAGUAGUUCAUCCAGUACAAAGGCCACGUUUUAUCCACAAAUUUUGAAUCCACCACCUUCUCCAGCUACAGAUCGCUCCCUCUAUAACACAGAAAUGUUUUAUUCUUCAAACAUUCCAUCAACAACAAGGUCUUACAGGCCUUAUCUUAUCAGAGGGAUUGCUCCACCAACUACCCCCUGCAGCACAGAUGUAUGCGACAGCGACUACACUACAAGCCGGUGGAAAGCCAACAAAUACUACAUCGACUUAAAUUCCGACUCAGAUCCUUAUCCUCCUCCUCCUACCCCUCGCAGCCAGUACAUGUCAGCAGAGGAGAGCUGCCCACCAUCUCCAGCUACCGAGCGAAGCUACUUCCACCUCUAUCCCCCCCCUCCAUCUCCUUGUACAGACUCUUCGUGAUUUUAACAGAAGGGACUUGUCUUUUUCUGUAAAUAUGUUUUUAAAUAUGAACAAAGAUUUUAAAUAUAUAUUUUAUGAUCUAAAAUGGGGUGGGAACUUAUAAAAAUGUGAAUAAAAAUGGGUGGGCUUGGGCUGUGAAAAUUGUACAGCAAAGUGAUAUUUAUGUUGAUUUUUUAAUUUAAUAUCCAUAAUUUUGUGCCAUAUUUUGCCUUUGCAUUGAAGUCACAACAUUUAAAUUGACCUCCAAAGGAGGUGGAAAGCAGGAAAUAUAUGCUUGGAGCAUUUUGAAAUCAUCAUUUGGUUCAAUAAAGGGGAAUGUGCCACGUUCUUUUAAGUAAUAUAAAAGGCAAGAAGAAAUAUGUGUGAAUAAAUGGAGAUGUUAUUUGACAUACAUACAAAGGAAAUUCAUGUGUGUGUGUGUGUGUAUUAAUACUUGAUCGUAGGUAAUUAACCACAACAAUGGGCUUCCUCUUGGAAUGCUUUCUUUUGUUUUGUUCCAUCAUUCACUUUCCAAAAGAAUCAGUGCAUGAAAAAAAUGGAUUUCUGGAUUUGUGUUAGAUUUAUUACAGUAUUCAUCAUGAACUACUCCUCAUAUUAAAAUAAGCAUUCAUUGGACACCUUUGUACACAUCAUACUCGUAUCAAGAGUCUGUCAACUUCAAUGCACUACUUCGUGUUUUAUCUUUCUCUAGAGGUCCCCAAUACAGCUCAGCAGAUUUGGGGGUGGGGGAGGAGAGGGGUCAGUGGCCAUGGUAGAAAUAGAAAUGGAAAGUUUAAAAAACUAUAAAUCAAUUUUCUGGAAGUUUAGAGUAGUCUAGAAACAUAUAAUCCCCUAGAACUCUCUUUUUCUCUCAAACCCAGUGAAAAUUCCUAGUUUGUUUUUUGUUUGUUUACAAAAAUUAAGACACAUUUCACCAAUUAAAAAUAGUUUAAGUUAAAAAGAGUUAACUGAAUAGCAAAAUUAUGUAUAAUCCCCAAACUGAUGCAUUUGGAUAUUUCUUGAAUAGGCAAGAAGGCCCUGCCUUCCUCCUCCUCGGUUGUACAGAAGAAAACAAACCUUUUUCAUUUUAAAACACAAUGUACACUGCCACCAUCUUUUCCACUUGAUAAGAUUCCAAACUUUACCUUCUCAAACCUUGUAUAUAGCAUGUUAGAGAGAGCACAGGAGAGACAGAAGUCACUAAAAGAUCAUUUUAUUUGGAACAAAACCCAGAAAGGUGCUUUUCCAUCAUGGGUUAAGAAGAAAAUGGGCAAUGCAUCUUACAUUACCAACCACGCCUGCACUUCCCCUGUUUGGUUUGAUUGCCUCACAGAACAUUUGAAAGCUUGUAGUAGUAUGAGACUGAUGUGGACAAAUAAUGAAAUAUGAUUGGAAAAGGGGGGAAAAGCCAAAAUGACACUCUGUUUUCACAGCUGCAUAACAGCAGGUGCAGCAGGCUUUUGACAGUCAUAGUAUCAUUGACGAUGAAAAUGGUUCCUUUUUAAAUUUAUAGCUGGGUUUCUAGCAAGUAUUUCUGGCAAAGUGUGAGGUGGAACUCCUCCAAUCCCUGGCCACUAGUUCCAAGCUUAUUGAGAGGGUAGAGAUUGAUUUCUGUUGUUUCUGAAUACGUCCCUAACAUCCGUCUAUCGCUAAUUGUUUGGAUGUUGUCAUUUAAUUCUGAGGAGCUGCAACUAGGAUCUAAUUGAGUAGAUCAAGAGUAUAGUGUAUAGGAGAAUCACUUCUGAUCUCUCAAGAAACUUGUAUUUUACAGUCAUUCCAUUUUACUUCUCUUUCCAAGUUCAAUAUUGGAGAGAAAAAAUUAGAAUUAUUUGUAUUAAAAAAUAUCCUACUCCUGAAAACUUUGGGAGGUCAAAGAUGUCUGGGUGUAGAGCCUAUGUGUCUAACACAGAAAUAGUCCAUAAUCAUCUAAAUUGCUCAAGUAAAAAAUCAUAAUGUACUAACUUUAAAUGAUAAUAACAUACUAAUUUUUUAAAAAAAUCCUUAGUAACUCAAGUUGGGUGGGAAGGGAAUAAAGCCAGCUUCUUCCAAUUCUAGGAUUCCAUUUCCAGCUGAAUUAUAAAUAAAGCUUGUAUAUAUGUGUGUGUGUGUAUACACACACAUAUAUAGUUGUCAAGAGAUUUGCAUCCACUUACUUGAUUCUCUUGUAAUUGCAUUUAACCUUUUGUGUGGCAUUUAUAAAGAAGAUGCCUUUUAAUUCUUAACAUUAUAGGCUUUGAUUUACCAUUGCCAGGUUUCUAUUGUCUAAAAAGUGGCACUGCACGUUAAAGGUUUGAAUGAACAGUUUAUCUUUUAAAAGUAAAAUGGUGAUGUUAACCUGCUUGCUGAAAAAAUGUACUGUAUUUGAUGGUGAGUUGGAUACUUUAAGCAGUGAAAAAAUAACUAGUGCUACUGAUGUGAACAGAGUUCACAUAGUACUAUAGUACUUAUGGCUAUAAUACUUAAAUCCUUAUUUUGCUUGCUGUUGUAUAUCUGUGUUAAUCAAGAAAAUUAUAUGUUCUGCUUUCUUGAUUAACAUGUUAAAUGAGAAACAUCCCACCAAGUUCAAAUAAAUUAUCAAAUCUUUGCAGGACUGGAGUUGUUGAAUUUCAGGUAAAUGGAGCAAUCUAUAGAAUUGAGUGAAAUCCUCCUGCUGAUGGAACUGAUUCAAUCAGAAUAACUACUGCAUGUUCUAAAAAUUGAAAUCCUCCAAAUCAUAUAUGGGCAGACAGGACUAUAUGGGGGAGCAGAGUAGGAGAAAGUUCUAUUGAUCAGUAGAUUUAAACUCAUACGGCAUUAGUUCCAAACUUUUUACGCUGGAUUCCACCCAAGAUUUAAAAGAAAAAGUAACAGAAAUAUCUUACAGAGAAAUAAUUGUCACAUUUUCAUUACUUUAGGUCAUUUCCCUCCCAGAAUUUUAGGUAAGAUAUCUGAUAUCAGUAGUACUCUGGGCUAUGGUAGAAUCCAUUUUUUUUUUUGACAUAGGUCUCAAUGAAUCCCAUAAAAGAAAAAAGAUACAGUUUACCAAAUCAUGAAUCAGUUAAUAUAGAUUAUUCUAUAAUUUUUAAAAACUAUUUUGUAAUGAUAUUCAAAAUAUUGACUAGUUUUGGCUUUGAAGAGCCCUUCCAAUCUGGGGUCAGUGGUCAUGUUGCACAAGAAUUAUGGAACAUAUCAAGCUGGGGGUGGCUAGCAAACAAAUGCUUUGGAUGUCAAUUUUUUAAAGAUGCUAAGCUAUAGUUUGCUUAGCUGUGAUUGAAUAAACCAAAGUUGCUAGGUUCAUAUUACAUGUAGCCCAGAACGAAAUCAUAUUAUGGCUCUGCCCCAUGAGUGUGAACACAACCUUUAUGUUAUAAUACAUGCAAAUAUAUGUAAAUGUAACUCAUUGGUUUUAUUAAAAUGCAAGGAGCAAGUAACUAUUUUUCAGGUCCAGCCAUAAUGCAGUGUCAAAGCUUAACUUUCUUAUAUUACCUUGCCAUUGGUUAGUGGCUGUGUGUGGCAUGCCAUAAGCCUAGGGAAUUUGUUUUGAAUGUUUUAUCUCUUCAGAAGUGAUUAUUAGUGUUGGUGAAAUCUUAAGUAGCCUAUCUCUUCCUGCCAGACUGGGCUUCUGUAUAGAAAGUUGUCAGAUCAGAUACCUGAUCUCUGUAGCUGAUGUUUGUUUGGGUCUACUUAGAUCCAUUUUCAUGAACAUUAAUUUUUAGAAUCCAUAAUUCACUGAAAGUUGUUGAUCUAGGCCUGAGAGCGAACUUGCGCUUAGCAACUAACAUGUUAGACAACUAAGCCUUUUUGAAAGGAAAUGUUGGUCCUAACAUACCAAAAUUCUUCAUCUGAAAAGUAUUUAAAAAUAAAGCACCUUUAGAUAUGGACCUAAGUUCCCUGGAAGUUUCCUUUGCUAACUUUGGGUGGGUGGGUGGGGACGUGUAUUGGAUGGAAAAAAGAGUGUGAUGUCAAAUUUCAUUUGUAAAAUAAUAUUUGUUGAAAAUACUUUGUAAAUAAUGUAAUUGAACUAUUUGCAAUUAGGGGAAAAACAGUUGAUUUUAUUAAAUAAUAAAAACUAUUGGGCCUGGAACAGAAUGGCGCAAAAUUAGGCUUGCCAAGUUACAAGCUUUAAUUCCUCCUUUAGUUUUGAGUGUAUUGCUCAGCUAGAAGAAAAGUCAGCUAACAGCUUCUCCAAGUUCUUUUUUCCUCAGGGCCUAUAACGUGUCUCCUUUUUGUGUUGUGGAAUACACACUUCACUGAUCACAUUAAGUUGUAGAUUGUUCAAUAAGCUACAGUUGGCUGGGUUUACACAGCACUAAGCUAUAAACAAUUACUUAGCAAACCAUAGUGGUUUAGUUCACACAUCUCAGUAAACCAAACCCAACCACCUUAUGGUCUACCGCAAUAUGUGAACUUUCCCAUAGGAUCUUGGUCAUUGGGCUAAGAAUGAGGAAAGUAGAAUAAGAAAGUUUGGAACAGUGGGGAAAUGGGACAGGAGAAGCAGCUGGCUUGUACCUGUUUGGCGAGAACAUUAGAAGAUCAUUGGAUUACAACCUGGCAACUUACAUUUUUAAGUGGGUAGUGCUUUACUGUUAUAUGUGCUACUCGGAGGGCAUUCUAAUAAAUGAAACCCAGGCUGCUUUCUGUUUGUUGUAUCUAAAUAUUUUGCAGUUGCUGCUAAUGUAAUGUAAAUGUACAUGAAAAUAUACAAAUGUUGCCAAGAAAUGUUAUAUAGACUCAUGCUGAUCUGUUUUAUAUUUAUAUUGUAAAGUGUAUUCUGCAAACCUCCUAAAUAUUUUAGCUUUAUAUUCAUAUACUUUUUUGUAGACACAGCUUGUCAUACAGAGAAAAAGUGCCUUUGGUCUUUUUAAACAGUCUAGCAUAUUGACUUGGGCAGAUGAUAACAAAACCUUAAAAAGGAAGCCACCUUUACUCAUUUGCUCCAUUUGUUAGUUUUUCAUCAAGCAUGGUGUUGCAAAAAUGUAUUGUGUUCAACUCAUUCCAAGCUAAGGCAUUCACAGGAUGGUGGGACUAAGCUUGAUUGUACAUGUUAAUGCAACAUCACUCAUUACAUGAUUUUACAGAGAGAGGUGCUUGGGUUUUUUUUUGUUUUUUUAAAAUAUUUCAGAGAAAUCUGGGAGAAAUUUUACUCAGAAAUUACAAAAUUGGGAGCUUUAAGACACCCAAUGUGCUCCUUUUCAUUUCACUGUUUAUAUUUCAUGGAUGCUAAAUAUGCUAUUGGUAUAAAUUUUUGUAAAAUUAUGUAACAAACUCUCCGUUAUUAAAUUAGAUUAUUGUACUGUC